ACAAAUCCAAGUCAAAUUUCAUUUCUUUUUAUAAACCUGUUACGACUAAGUAAACAACUAAACACAGUCGUUUAAAACUUCAUUCACCUAACACGACGAGUUCACCGUCUCAGAUCACCGGCGCCGACGAAUCUCCGUAACCGGAAUUCAUCAUUCAGAAAAUGGCUUUAGGUGGAGGAAAUCCCCAAAGAGGAAGUGCAGCGGCUACCGCAAGCAUGAGGAGAAGGAAAACAGCAGGUGGUGGAGCCUCAGGAGGAGCAGCUGGAACUAUGCUUCAAUUUUACACUGAUGAUGCUCCUGGACUCAAAAUCUCCCCUAAUGUAGUACUUGUGAUGAGCAUUGGUUUCAUAGCUUUUGUUGCUGUUCUUCAUGUGAUGGGCAAACUGUAUUUCAGAGAGGCUUAAGAAGCUGGGUUCGUUUUUGGACCUUUUAUACAUUGACUCUGUUAAUGAACUUAGAUUUCUGUUGCUAGGAUGAUCUAUCCCUUUGGUAUUGUAUUUUUUUUGUUCUUAUUGUUAAGUUUAAACAAGGGAUUGAUAUUAGCUUUGUUUAUCUUUUGUUUCUAGAAGUGAAAGUGGUAUAAGAUGUAAAAUUUGAUGGUUUCUUUUUA